AACAAUUAACUUGUCAAAAUAUCAAGCGACCAUAAUAAUUGCUGUUCCAAAAAUGUUUCAAAGGAACAAUAACAAUUUUAAAAAUAAAUUUAAGCGAGAAAUACAAGAUCGUUCAAAAUCGUGGGGUAAAACGAAGUUUAAGCCCAAGCCAUUUGUCCGCACAACAUCUGCACCAGCACCAGUGCCAGAAACGGCGAAACCAUGGCAACAUGUGAAGAAUGACAUUCUCGAUGACGAGGAGGAACUGCGUAGCUCGGAUCGCUUUAAUAUGGACAGCCAGCAAGCUAAGGAUAUACUGAAGCAACGAGAGCAGAAUCACAGGCGCAACAUAAUCGAAGCAAAGCGCAAUGAAAAGACCACAUGGGAAUCAUUCGAUGAUGGUGAUAAUGCUGCUCCUUCUGCGUCGUCCAAACCCAAAGCGAAUAAAGACGAUGGAAAAUCGGAGCCUUUUAGCGUGGUAAAAACCAAAAAUCCUGAGCAUCUGAAUCCAUGGGAACGUAAUUUCGUACGUAAAAAAUUAACAAAAAUGGUGGGUCGUAAAUAUAAAAGUACAAAUUUGCAAGAUAUUAUAACGGACAUGAAAAAAAACAAUCUCGUGAAACCACAAAAUUUCAAAAAGUUUCGAGAUGAGAAAAAGAAUUAACAAAAACCAUUUUGUGUGUUUGGGAAAAAUCAGAAAUGUAUACACAACACAUAAGUACUACACACUUUAAUGUAAAUCAUCUUAGAAAUAGGAGAAUAUGUGAAUGGAUUUGCAAAAUAAAUAUGUAAACUAAACAGUAUGAGACGACAAUUGAUUCGGCUGCUUCAUUUGAGGCUCAACCAUUCGCAUUUGCCAGUUUGGCAAUUAGCUGAUUGAAUUUACUGUUGGAUGUGACGCUCUUUUUGGAAUUGCGCGCCUGCUCUGGCGCAUGUUGAAGAAAAUAAAUGACAAUAAAUUC